CCUCCUCCUCCUCCUCCUCCUCCUCUGGUUAAGAUUUGCAGAAGCUUAUGGCCAACUCCAACAAAUCAAAAAUGGAACAAAUAGCUGAAGGAACAAGAGGAGAAGGAGAGGUGGAGCUUGGAAGAGACUUCAAGGAGAAAAACAGUAAAUAUACCACAGAUGGCUCUGUGGACAUCGGUGGGCAAGUGGCAGCCAAAGCAACGACAGGUGGAUGGGUGGCUGGGAGUAUAGUACUAGUGAACCAAGGAUUAGCGACGCUUGCUUGCUUUGGUGUUGGGGUAAACUUGGUGCUGUUCCUGACAAGAGUUGCAGGCCAAAACAAUGCUGAUGCGGCCAACAGCGUAAGCAAAUGGACGGGGACUGUCUUCAUGUUCUCCCUCCUCGGCGCCUUCCUCAGCGACUCCUAUUGGGGGAGAUACAAGACUUGUGUGGUUUUCCAAUUCAUUUUUGUCAUUGGUUUGGUAGCACUAUCCCUAAGCUCACAAAUGUUCAUGCUAAGGCCCUCCGGGUGUGGAAAGGCUAAUGAGCCAUGUGGGGCACACUCAAGCUUGGAGAUGGGAUUAUUCUACCUCUCUAUAUACUUAGUGGCCUUAGGAAAUGGAGGUUAUCAGCCCAAUAUUGCAACAUUUGGGGCAGACCAAUUUGAGGAGGGAGACCCUAGAGAAGCCCGCUCCAAAAUCUCUUUCUUUAGUUAUUUCUAUUUGGCCCUCAACUUGGGCUCGCUAUUCUCAAACACUUUUUUGAGCUAUUUUCAAGAAGAGGGACUAUGGGCCAUGAGCUAUUGGGCUUCUGCUGGCUCGGCCUCAUUGGCCCUCAUUCUAUUCCUUUGUGGAACCCGGCGGUAUCGGCAUUUUAGGCCCGGGGGGAACCCUUUGCGCCGAGUCUGCCAAGUAGUGGUUGCGGCUGUGAAGAAAUGGAAGGUCGAGAUGACGCCACGUGGAGCGGAUGAUUUGUAUGAGUUUGAUGGGAAGGAAAUUGAAGCGGGUGCUUCGGAGGGGAGCAAGAGAAUCCUCCAUUCAGAAGGAUUCAGGUUCUUAGACCGAGCCGCCCUCAUCACCUCCGACGACUUCCCCGUCUCUGGCGACUCCACCGCCGCCAACCCAUGGAGGCUCUGCACCAUCACACAAGUCGAGGAAGUAAAAUGCAUCCUCCGCCUCCUCCCCAUCUGGCUCUGCACCAUCCUCUACUCAGUUGUCUUCACUCAAAUGGCUUCCCUCUUCGUCGAGCAAGGCGCCGCCAUGAAAACCACCAUUUUUGCAGACUUUCGCAUACCACCGGCGAGCAUGUCAGCGUUCGACAUCUUCAGCGUAGCCAUCUUCAUUUUCUUCUACCGCCGAAUCCUCCAACCCAUCGCCGCCGCCCUUCGCCACGAUCCAAGGGGAUUAACAGAGCUCCAAAGAAUGGGGGUGGGGUUAAUCAUCGCCGUCGCCGCUAUGAUCACCGCCGGCAUUGUUGAACACUUCAGACUAAAGCUACAGCGCGGCGGAGAAACCAGUUCGCUCAGCAUAUUGUGGCAGGUGCCGCAAUUUAUGCUGAUUGGAGCAUCAGAGGUGUUCAUGUACGUUGGGCAGCUGGAGUUCUUCAACGAACAGGCGCCAGAAGGGCUCAAGAGCUUCGGGAGUGCUCUCUGCAUGACCUCAAUGUCAUUGGGAAAUUAUAUGAGCGAUAUUCUGGUGACUGUGGUGAUGAAGAUAACCGGAAAAGACGACAGGCCGGGGUGGAUUCCGGUUAACUUGAACAGAGGACACAUGGAUAGGUUCUACUUUCUUCUGGCUGCUCUAACAACUGCUGAUUUUGUGAUUUAUGUCAUAUGUGCAAAGUGGUAUAGGUGCAUUAAGAUUGAAGGGAAGGGGGAGGGAGAAGAAGAUGGAGAGUGCAGUGAUUAAAUCAGAAUUGUUGUGUCAUAGUAAAGGUGUGUUAUUUCUAGGGGGAAAGUUUUAGGUGAGAUUAGCUCAUCAAAGUAUUUUUGCUUUGUAUAACUUUGUAUUGUUAUGUAAUGAUAAUAAUUUAGUAUCAUACAUAGUAAGUAGUACAGAUUAUAAGA